CUGUGCAGAGGGGGAUGGAGCCUUACUUACUGGAAAAGAAAGGAUGUCCCCAAUUAUUCCUGCAGUCAACAUGGUGAAGUCGUUGGUUUUGUCAGUGAAGAUUUUGAACCAGCAGAUAUUUUGAAUUUAUACAAUCAUCCAAAAAUAAAGCAUUUUGUUAAAAGAAUAAAUUUCUUGGAUAACACUGCUGACAGGAUUUCCUUCACCGAGGAAAGACGCCUGGACUCCAAAUUUACUUUACAAAUGCUGAACUUGGUAACUGAUGGGACAACUGCAUUAUUUUUUUACACCGGAAACUAUUUCACUACAGGUGACCAACAGUUCCACAUUCCUAACAAAAACAUAAUAUGGAAAAAUGGCAUAAUGCCGCAGUCUCGGUGUAAUGAUCCGUGUUCUCCAGGAUACAGAAAAGCUCCUAAUGGAGGAUAUCACAUCUGCUGCUAUGACUGUGUGCCGUGUUCUGAGGGAGAAAUGUCCAAUAUAACAGACAGUGAAAUCUGCCAGAGAUGUCCUGAUGAUGGAUGGCCUGAUAAGAAGAAAGUAAAAUGUGUCCCUAAAACAUAUACAUUUCUUUCCUAUGAGGAUGAUAUUGUGACCAUUUGUAUAUUCACUUCUUUAUUAUUAUCUGCUGUAACCAUUAUUAUACUAGGAAUCUUCAUUUAUCACUGGGACUCUCCCAUUGUGAGGGCCAAUAACCGGACUGUGAGCUUCAUCCUCCUGGUCUCCAUCUUGUUAAGCUUCCUCUGUGUCUUCUUGUUUCUUGGUCGUCCUGUGGAUAUAACCUGUAUGCUGAGACAGACUGUAUUUGGGAUAUUCUUCUCUAUCUCUGUAUCUUCUGUGCUCUCCAAAACUCUCACAGUCUGCAUUGCCUUCAAAGCCACAAAACCUGGAAGCGUCUGGAGGAAGCUGAUCGGUGUGAAGACAUCUUCUUAUGUGGUGGGGAUUUGCUCCUCAAUCCAAGUUCUCAUUUGUGUUUCUUGGAUGUCUGUUUCUCCUCCAUAUCAGGAGUUUGACAUGACUACCUAUACAGAUCAGAUCCUUAUUCAAUGCAAUGAAGGGUCAGAUAUCUGGUUCUACUCCAUGUUGGGUUAUCUGGGGUUCCUGGCAGCGGUGAGCUUUGUUCUGGCUUUCAUGGUGAGGACAUUACCUGAUAUCUAUAAUGAAGCCAAGUACAUCACCUUCAGCAUGCUGGUGUUCUGCAGUGUCUGGAUUACCAUGAUCCCGGCUUAUCUGAGCACCAGAGGGAAAUACAUGGUGGCUAUGGAGAUAUUUGCUAUACUGGCCUCUAGUGCUGGGUUAUUAGGCUGUAUAUUUUUACCUAAAUGUUAUGUGAUAAUGAUAAAGUGUGAUAUAAAUAUCAGAAGAAACUGCUAACAAUAUAGUUUCUAAAUUAUUCUCGUUCCUAUAUGCCGUGGUGCCUUAAAGGGGUACUCCG